ACGGGAUCCCAGUCACCGGUGUGUUGGAUCAGACAACGAUCGAGUGGAUGAAGAAACCCCGAUGUGGUGUCCCUGAUCACCCCCACUUGAGCCGAAGGCGGAGAAACAAGCGCUAUGCCCUGACUGGACAGAAGUGGAGGCAAAAGCAUAUCACCUACAGAGGCUCACGCAGUAGGAGGAUCUGGAGGUCAGGAUGAGGGCCAGGCACAUGAGCAUCCUGACCUGGUGCUGAGAGUCUGUGACUGCGUCUUCCUCGUGGGUUCCACGGGACGGUGACCCCAGCAUCACGGUUAUCUGGCCUUUUGAGAGCUUUUAGUUGUGUUCUGCUUAGGUACUUAUGGUUUUGUUACAGAAAACGGAGUAUAAGAUUGUUCGGUAACUUUCAGCUGUGGUAAAAACCCACGACAGAAUUCAUUCUCCCAGUCAGUGCUUGCCAAACCCCACUGCCUCUGAUCUGGAUCCCCUCCUCACCAAAACCAGCCUGACAGACUUCACCCAAGAUUUCCAACAGAAUCCUAGUUUAUUUGGCCUUUCUUUCUUUCUCUUUUUUUCUUCUAGUCCUAGUAAUUAAACCCAGGGGUACCCUACCACUAACCUACAUUCCCAGUCCUUUUUAUUUUUCGAGACAGUGUCUCCCUAAAAUUGCCCAGGCUGAACUCAAACAUGUGAUCCUCCUGCCUCAGCCUCCCUUAGUGCUGGAAUUACAAGUGUGCACCACCAUACCCAGCCAAGUUGUUUCUUAAGGAGUAUAAAGAACAGGGACCUAAAUUAUAACAGUGUUAUUCCUUGACUGUCUGGGGAAAUCAAGGCAGAGCAACAUUAGUCUCCAAGUCUGACCAGCAGCCUGAGAGAGGGACGAUGAGGCUGGUCAAAGCAGACUCAGACACCAGAAUUCAGGUGAGGCCAGGCAAGGGCGUGGCAUAGGGCAGGCUUACGUGGGCUCUGGUUGGCACUUCUCAAGGCUCUGAUUCCAUCUCAGGUGGAGCCCUAGGUGCAGGGGCAAGACCCAAGCUAGAGGUUUUUGGAACUAAACAAACGGCUGUCUACUGACAAGCUACAGAGAUCAGAACAAGAUUUUUUCCAGAAAAAUCUAAUGAGAACAAAACUUAAAAGGAAUCUGGGUUAGAAACUGCCCAGACUCUGGGUCUCCUGAAACAACAGAGUAGAUUAAGAAAAAGAACUGAGCUCUCAACUAACUUUGACCUUAACAUCUAUUACUCAAUUUCUCUGGGACUCUGCUUCCUUGCUUAUGGAAUGGGUAGACGAAUCUGUGCCCCAGGCAUCCAUGGGGCAGAGCACACCCACAGCAUUCACAACUAUACCCCAAAGGUGGGUGAGCUCGACACACGGAAAGCUAUUCGCCAGGCCUUUGAUGUGUGGCAGAAGGUGACCCCCCUGACCUUUGAAGAGGUGCCCUAUCAUGAAAUCAAAAGUGACCGGAAGGAGGCAGACAUCAUGAUCUUCUUUGCUUCUGGUUUUCAUGGUGACAGCUCCCCAUUUGAUGGGGAAGGGGGAUUCCUGGCCCAUGCCUACUUCCCUGGCCCAGGAAUUGGAGGAGAUACUCACUUUGACUCAGACGAGCCAUGGACACUAGGAAACGCCAACCAUGAUGGGAACGACCUCUUCCUGGUGGCUGUACAUGAGCUGGGCCAUGCACUGGGACUGGAGCACUCCAAUGACCCCAGUGCCAUCAUGGCACCCUUCUACCAGUACAUGGAGACACACAACUUCAAGCUGCCCCAGGAUGAUCUCCAGGGCAUCCAGAAGAUCUAUGGACCCCCAGCUGAGCCCCUGGAACCCACAAGGCCCCUCCCCACACUCCCGGUCCGCAGGAUCCACUCACCAUCUGAGAGGAAGCAUGAACGCCAGCCCAGGCCACCUCGGCCCCCCCUGGGGGACAGGCCAUCCAUGCCAGGCGCCAAACCUAACAUCUGUGAUGGUAACUUCAACACAGUGGCCCUUUUCCGAGGCGAGAUGUUUGUAUUUAAGGAUCGCUGGUUCUGGCGCCUUCGCAAUAACCGGGUGCAGGAGGGCUACCCCAUGCAGAUUGAGCAGUUCUGGAAGGGCCUCCCUGCCCGCAUCGAUGCAGCCUAUGAAAGGGCUGAUGGAAGAUUUGUCUUCUUCAAAGGUGACAAGUACUGGGUGUUUAAGGAGGUGACGGUAGAACCUGGGUAUCCCCAUAGCCUGGGGGAGCUGGGCAGCUGCCUGCCCCGUGAAGGCAUCGACACAGCUCUGCGCUGGGAACCUGUGGGCAAGACCUACUUUUUCAAAGGCGAGCGGUACUGGCGCUACAGCGAGGAGCGGCGGGCCACAGAUCCUGGCUAUCCCAAGCCCAUCACUGUGUGGAAGGGCAUCCCACAGGCUCCCCAAGGGGCCUUCAUCAGCAAGGAAGGGUAUUAUACCUACUUCUACAAGGGCCGGGACUACUGGAAGUUUGACAACCAGAAACUGAGUGUGGAGCCAGGGUACCCACGCAACAUCCUUCGAGACUGGAUGGGCUGCAACCAGGAGGUGGAGCGGCGCAAGGAGCGGCGGCUGCCCCAGGACGAUGUGGACAUCAUGGUGACCAUCAACGAUGUGCCAGGCUCUGUAAAUGCUGUGGCCGUAGUCAUCCCCUGCAUCCUGUCCCUCUGCAUUCUGGUGCUGGUCUACACCAUCUUCCAGUUCAAGAACAAGGCAGGCCCUCAGCCUGUCACCUACUAUAAGCGGCCAGUCCAGGAGUGGGUAUGAGCAGCCCAGAACCCUCUCCAUCCACUUGGUCUGGCCAGCCAGGCCCGUCCUCACCAGGGUCUACAGGGCAGCUCUGCCCACUGCCCACUGGGGCCAGCAGGGCCCUUGGCCAGGAUCAUACAGCAGAAGUGGGUAUGUUGGCCUAGGCUGAGGGCAGAGAGCAAUGGGGGCUGUGCCCCAGGAGGGCAUCUAGCACCCAGGUGCCAGCCUUCUAUCCUGGGUGAAAUACUCUCUACACAAGAGAAUAGACUAGCCAUGCCAGGAGGCAGGGACUAUGCCAGGAGUCCCUGUGGUCACUGAAUCCUGUGGUAUUUAUGAGGCACCACAGCUCCAGUCCAGCACCCUCCAUGGGAAGCCAGCACUAGCUCUCAUCCCCCAUCUGGGAGAUGCCACCAGUCCCAGUCCCCUUCUGCCAACACCUGCUGGUCAGAUGUCUCCCCACCCACCACACCCCUCCUGUCCUCCAAGGCUGCAGGACCCCUGCUGCCAACAGCGGACAACAAGCCUGGGGCCUCCCUGCUGGCAAACAGCAGAUCCCUCAGGAAACCUGCUGUACUUGUCAGGUUUCCUCUGACACCCAGGAUUUAGCGUCACAUGCUGCAGGCAGGGCUGUGGCCCAGCUGGGCCUGACAAGGACCCAGCUGUCACCUCGUGAACAUUUUAAUGUCCUGUCACUACUGUUUAAAGUCCCAUUUUGCAAAGGCUGCUUGAGGCAUUAGGUGAGUUAACGGUGACUGUCUUGGUGAUGAGGCCAGUGUACUGGCCCUCCCCCAGGUGAUAAGGACCAAGGUGCUCCUAAGGCCAUGCUAGCCAUCCAACACUAGCUGGGGCCCUGCCCAUAAGGCUCAAGAGCUGGGGCAAGAGCUGACCCCAUUUUUGUAGGCCAAUCCAAGUUUGUGACCGUCCUCCACUGACCCCUCCAUUUUCCCUGCUGCAGCCCUGCUCUAGCCUGUUACUUGUGGACUAGUCAGAUGAAGCAGAGAUGGCUCACACCAAUCAUGGCCUUGGAGUAAAGGGCACAGGGCAACCUUCUUACAGCACCCAGACCCCCAGCUACCCUGAGGCAUCUGUCUCAGCACGGAAGCAAUGUUAUGCCAUGAGCUUAGCCCUGGCAACCCAGCUCACUGGGCCCCUCUUCCUGUAGCGCUCUUAGGAAAAGGGCAGCUCCAACUGGUAGCAGCCCCAAGCCUAGAGGUCUCCCUUUUUGACUUUCUUGGGCCCAAGGUUCAUUUCUCACAAGAGUUCCUAGGGCUCAGCUUGCCUUGCUCCAGCUCAGCAGACAGCACUUCUCAUCACUGAGGAGCCCUAGGCAAGACCAAGGGGUGCAGUAACAUCCACUGGCUCUGUGCCAAAGCCAAAAAGUGGUGUCAGGCAGUCUUCAGGGUGCUGGCAGGGUCUCAGAUGCCACUCCUGCCUUCUUGAGCCCACAUUGGCCUUGCCCCCACCGUGGUCUCUGGGCUUUGGGUCAGCCUACCCUGUAGCACAGACAGGGACUCCUGCUACCCUCUCAACUGUCCUGAGUUAAAUCUAUGGUGCCAGAGGCACCUAUGUGGGUCCACUGUGUCCCCUGUCGUCAUCAUCUUUUUUCUUUUUGACCAAGGGCAGGCUCCCUGGGGCAGGCAGGGAACAACUGCAGAGAUAUUAGUGAUUCAUAGGUUUGUACAGUGUUUUAUACUUUGCAAAGCACUUUAUUAGCUCACACCUGUCCAACUCACAUGAAAUUCGCGUAGGUCCUGGGAGGCCAAGGAUAACUCAUCAUGCCCUCGCAUGAAGCACAGAGAGGUUGUUACUUCCCAGGGCCAUCUGAGGGCUGGCUGGGUCUUCUGUCUCCAUCUGUGGUCCCCUCUGAGGUCUGAGAUAAGUGUGUCCUCUAUCCAUCCCUUCCUGGCCCCUCUCCACUGCUCAGGUUGGUGCUCUCACUUGCUGAAAGCUCUAGGCUCCCCACCUCCCAGGCUACUGUUGGCUCCUGGUACUACUACAAAGCCAGCUGAGAAGGAGCAGGAGAUGGAGGCAGGCAGCCCAGACUGCAGAUGUGAGGCAUGUGGGGCCAGGCCCAGAGAAGGCUAAGCCUGGAGGCUUCCAAUCUUGGAUUCUCCUGCCUCUGGUCAUCUGUUUGUUCAUCGCCCCAGGUCAGGGCAGUCAGACAGAGGGCCAAAGCGCUGGUGACCCGAGAGCCCAGCUUUCCCUCACCCUGGGGGACAUCACAGCAUUUCAGUGUCAGUCACAUUUUAAACUGAUCAGCCUUUGUAUAAUGUUUUUUAAAUCAUUUCUAAAUAAAACAGAAAGAAAGAGUGUGUCA